AUGAAGCCCAAGAACGGCGGCCCCGCCUCGGAAAGGCGGCUGCUCUCGCGCCGGAUACCGAUCCUCUGCUUUCUCAGCUUCUUCCUCGGCAUGCUCGUCACGGACCUGUUUGGAUCGGUGCCGAGCCCGGUCGUGGUGCAGAGCCGGUGGCACGAGCACGACAGGGAGCUGCAGAGCCUUUCUGAAGAUUUUGUUGCCAAACCGAAACCAGCUGAAGAUAGUGACAUUAUGGGGGAGGUGUCAAAGACUCAUGAGGCCAUACAAUCCUUAGAAAAGUCAAUUGACACACUGCAGAUGGAGCUGGCAGCAAAGCGCAGCAGCAAUGAGCUUCAUGGGGAAAGUACAGGUGGCAUAAGUAAGCAGAGGAGAAGGGCGUCUGUAGUGAUUGGGAUCAACACCGCCUUCAGUAGCAGGAAGCGUCGGGAUUCUGUGAGGGAGACCUGGAUGCCUCAAGGUGAGAAACUCAAGAAACUGGAGGAGAAGGGAAUCAUCAUCCGAUUUACGAUAGGACAUAGCGCCACAUCAAACAACGUCCUUGAUAAAGCUAUAGACGCGGAGGAUGAAAUGCAUCACGACUUUCUUAGGCUGGAUCAUGUUGAAGGGUACCACAAGCUAUCUGCAAAGACCAAGAUAUUCUUCUCCACUGCUGUGGCCUUAUGGGAUGCAGAUUUCUAUGUCAAGGUGGACGACGAUGUUCACGUAAACCUAGGGAUGCUCAUCGCAACCCUUGGUCGUCAUAAAUUGAAACCACGGGUGUAUAUUGGUUGUAUGAAGUCGGGACCAGUCCUUUCUGACAAAAAUGCAAAAUACCAUGAGCCUGAGUUCUGGAAGUUUGGAGAAGAUGGGAACAAGUACUUCCGCCAUGCCACAGGGCAGAUAUAUGCCAUCUCCAAGGAUCUUGCCACCUACAUCUCGAUCAACCAGCCCAUAUUGCAUAAAUAUGCAAACGAAGAUGUAUCUCUCGGCGCAUGGUUUAUCGGCCUAGAUGUGGAGCACAUAGACGACAGGGACAUGUGUUGUGGCACACCACCAGAUUGUGAGUGGAAAGCACAAGCAGGGAACGUUUGUGUUGCGUCGUUUGACUGGCAGUGCAGUGGGGUCUGCAAUCCAGUUGAGAGGCUAAAAUACGUGCACUCGAGAUGCAGUGAAGGAGAGGAUGCAAUUUGGAGUGCCUCCUUCUGA